CUGCAAUGCGCAUGAGUAGAUAUCGGCGAGGUCGGGUUCCGAUCUGUAACACGGCGAACCAAAGAUGAGUGGAUUAUCGAACUCCAUCGGAAAUACGGAUUUGAAUUCUGACUGAAUUCAAUUAUCUAUCAGAUAUUUAUCUUAAUUUAUACAUAAUGUAUGAUCUGAAUCAUCGUGGAUGUAUGGCUUCAAACUCGCAAACUCAUCUAUCUCAUCUGUCACUGCGCUAUGGUAUCUUUAUCGUUGGGGAAGACUGCUUCGCUCGAGCACGUAGGUUAAGUUUUUGUUGCAUUUAUUAGAAAAAGAUGCCAAACUCAUAUUGUGUGCUGUGUGGUAACCGAGAUAAAUCAGUCUCGUAUUACAGAUUUCCGAAGAACGUUGAAUUAUGUAAGAAGUGGCUAGCUUUUUGUGAUAUUGAUAAGCCAGAUGUUUUGAACACCGUUACCAAACUGUGUUCAAAUCACUUCCAAGAAGGUGAUAUAAUUUGCAGAGCUAAGGGUACGAUUCUUAAGCCCAAUGCUGUGCCAUGUAUUAUUAUCAAGAAGAGGAAAGUGUAUUUAGAUCAAUAUUUGAAUGUAAUCAUACACAAAGAUUGUCUAAAAAAACUGAAAAACUGCGACAAUGGAACUGUUGAUGACACAUGUUCGAUGAAUGAUGUAGACGUUAAAGAUGUGUAUCUUACAACUAUUGACAAUGGAACUGUCACUGACAAAACAGUCCAUGAUGAAACUGCGGACGAGAAAAACUUUAUAUCUGUCGAUGAAGAUCUCACUGCAUCAUUUCCAGAACCUUCUGCAACAGUAAAGCGUCCAUGUACACCACCGAGUUGCGAAAGCACUCGAUUCCAAAUACCUGUUAAAGCUACUCAUGAUCAUCUACCUCGCUACAUUGGUGACAUUAGAAUGUCACAUCUUGCAACACCUACAAGAGCUAAAAGAACUUUACAGUUCGUAAAAUGCAUCAUCACAAAGCAACAAAGGAAAAUUAAAACUUUACAGCAAGCGCGAAAUAGAUUGGUUGCUCGCUUAACACUGAUGAAAGGACUUGUUAAACAUUUACAGCAGCAAAAUUUACAAUCGAAAAUGACUGCUGAAAAUUUAAUAACUCAAAAUAUAUAACAGUAAUAAUUAAUAAAAGAAUACUGAGACAUUUAUAUAAUUUUCAGUGU